AUGAAGCUUUCACUAUUGGUUGGCGCGGGCGCAAUGUGUGCUAAUGCCUUCGUGCUUCCACAAAAUUUUCUCAAUGUAUUCACUGUGGAUGAGUUACCAGGGGAACAGGCGUUAUUUCCAAAGCCCCACUUACCUUACUUCUUGAAACAUCUCGUUGACCCGGAGAAGUUUCCCGAAGACAUCACAAUUGAAGAAUUGAAUGCUACAGCUUGGGACUUACUGGAUGUGGCCGAGACCUCUAAUAACACCUUCGGCCAUCCCACUAGGGUGAUUGGCUCGCCCGGUCACUGGAACACUAUCAGAUACAUUUUGAAGCAGUUCGAUGACAUGAGGGACUACUACGACAUUUCUGUUGAGUCUUUUAAGGCGCUCACGGGCGAAGUUAAGUCUUACAACCUAACGUAUCCUGAUGGAAAGCAAGUUUCAAGUGCCCAGCCCUUCAGUCUUUCACCCCCAGUUGAGACCUUUUUGGGUAAAUUGGUUGAAAUCCCUAAUUUGGGUUGCUCCGACGCAGAUUUUAAGGCUCUCGAAAUCGGCGAAGACAGCAUCGCACUCAUUGAGAGGGGUGAAUGUCCAUUCGGGCUCAAGAGUGAGCUGGCAGGUAAGCACGGCUUUAAGGCCGUUGUCAUCUAUGACAACGACCCUCACUCUAAGAAAGGUGUUAGUGGCACUUUGGAAAAACCAAAGAAGCAUACGGUCUCUACAAUCGGGGUUUCUUAUGCAGAUGGUCAAAAAUUGGUGGCCAGUAUCGAAAGGGACCAUGACUUCGCCCUGGUCUUCUCAAUGGACUCAUAUGUCAAGAGAAUCAAGACGAAGAACAUUAUCGCUGACACCAAGCAUGGUGACCCUGAUAACAUUGUGGCGCUAGGUGCUCACUCUGAUUCUGUUGCCAACGGUCCUGGAAUCAAUGAUGACGGUUCAGGGACAGCCUCCCUAUUAACAGUCGCCAAGCAUUUGUCGAACUACAAAAUCAAAAAUAAGGUUCGUUUCGCAUUCUGGUCUGCAGAGGAAGAGGGAUUGUUAGGUUCCAACAGAUACGUGAAAGAAUUGAGUCCUGAGGAAAACUACAAGAUUCGCUUGUUCAUGGACUAUGACAUGAUGGCAUCUCCCAACUAUCAAUACCAAAUAUAUGAUGCUAAUAAUGUCGAUAAUCCAAGAGGCUCCGAGGAGUUGAAGGAUCUCUACAUCAAUUACUAUGUCAACAAUAAUCUCAAUUACACUUUGAUUCCAUUCGAUGGAAGAUCAGACUAUGUCGCUUUCAUCAAAAAUGGCAUUCCAGCUGGAGGUAUAGCUACCGGUGCUGAGGGCGUCAAUAAGGAAAAUGGUGAGGCAUUUGACAAAUGUUAUCACGAUUUGUGCGACGAUGUAUCCAAUUUAGCAUUUGAUGCAUUUUUAACCAAUACUAAAUUGAUUGCUUAUUCCGUUGCUACUUACGCUAAAUCCUUAGAGGGCUUCCCAGAGAGAGAUGUGAAUGAGACUGUUGCGUUGAAGAACACUGACGCUCCUUAUGAGUACAAAUAUAAGGGUGGUAGCUUAAUUGCUUAG